UCCACGGUAGCUCCGCCAAUGAAGCAUCAUCCCAGCCUUCUACUUCUCACGACUUCCCAUGCCGAACAGUCUCAUGGCAUGAAUCAUAGAAUCCUUUCAGUACAAAAGCUUUUUGUUUCACCCAAGUCUUAUCACCCUCGGUAACAAAUCAUCGCCUCCACAAACAAGUGCCUAUCUUUGCGUAAGGCAAUCAAUCGGGGUUGACAUCUCAUCUAUCAUAUUUAUCGCUCUCGCCCGGCGCCUCAGGAGCCAUACUCGCACCUUCCCUCCCAUAUCUACCAUGCAUAAUGCAUUGCUAGUUAACGAAAUCCUGCUGAACAUACUUGCUGCGGUGCGAGAAGCAGACGCAUCAUGCAGCCAGCUCAACGCUCUCGCUCGGACAUGUCAUCUCCUAUCACCUUUGGCAUUGGACUUUUUAUGGUCAGACUUGCCGGACGUAAGGCCCUUGCUCCAAUAUAUGACACCAAUGGUAUCCAAUGACCCGCGCACAUCAGUACCAUGCGCGUCCUUCCAACGAGCUGCGUCUCGUAUCCGUAAAUUAGCAUGUCCCCCUCUGGCAUGUUCAGAUCCCCAUUCCCAAAUCGCCCUUACAGAACGACUGCGGCUAUUAAGCAUGAUGCGCAUCACGACCUCGUUGUUUCCCAACCUCCGUCGACUGUCGUGGACUGACACUGAUCAAUCACGUUAUGUGUAUAUCCGACUAUUCCUAAGUCCUACUCUAGAGUCCCUCGAGCUGGAUUUCUUUUUCCACAAACCUCCCCACUUUCCCUUCCUAACCUUACUGCCCGAACUCUGCCCCAACCUUCACAGCAUGUCAAUAAGCAAGCAUUCUGUCAUAUCUUUAUCGGAAGACGAGGGUCCCUCUGCCGUUCAGACCAUUUGUCAGCUACCUCGUCUCACUACCUUGGAAUGCAAGUCAUCGACCAUCAGCGAAGCAGAUCUUCUGCACCUAUCUCAACUCAAGUCACUCACAACUUUAAGCCUGGGCAUCCCUUCGUGGGUAUCGAGCGACCACGGAAGUUUAGCACCUCAUAGUUCCGGGACAGUGAGGGACUGUGCUGCUAGCUCGUGGUUCUGCAAUCUACGCAAUCUACAUCUUCGUGCAUAUAGUAUGCCAAUUAUCACAUCCUUUGUAGAACCUGGAUGCAGGCCUCUGCAGUCAGUUGUCUUCGACAUCUCUGAAGCACCGACUUCUGCUUCCUUAACAGAGUGUUUUAGCACACUUUAUUCCAGUCAAUGCGACACAGAAUGCAGCACAAUGCGUUCCAUUGAAGUGCGCGACAGCCUUUCAAAUGCUAUACUCGCAAUCUCCCAGGUUCUUCCCAACUCAAAGAUCAUCACGGUGGAUGUAUUCAAGCCACUUUUCGCUUUCACCAAACUACGAGUUUUUGAUCUGGGCGUGUGCCUGUCAUUUUCCUUGAGUGACUCGGAUCUUACAGUGAUGGCAAGCUCCUGGCCAGAACUUGAGGUCUUUUGUCUCAAUGAUAGGCGUGGCUGGCAUCCGUCCGCUUCUGAACCUAAAUUAUCGAUCACUGUCCGCGGUCUCCAAUCGUUGUGCGCUCUGUGCCCGAGGCUCUAUCAAAUUGCGAUAGUCUUAAAUGCCCUCUCACCCUGUCCCAUAACGUCCCUGUCCUCACGGCAGGACACAGCUCUGACACGUAAUUUGGCAGUGACUCGCCUUAGCUUGGGAGAUUCGAGGUUGGCCAAUCCACAAGAUGUCGCAUGUGCCCUGUCUGAUAUCUUUCCCCGGCUGAGGAGAAUCAGUGCGUGGCAGUAUCCUUUAGACACAUUACCUAAAGGUCGGUAUUAUCGCAAGCUAUGGGAAGAAGUAAACAAUAUCUUGCAGCAGCGGGACAUUACAGCGGUAGCCAAGUGAAUUAUUAUGGAUCAUUAGUAUAACUGUGUACAAGAACGACGUAUAUGAAAUUGCUUUAAGUUACUCAUGUUACUGGCACUGAAGAUGUGUCAAUUAUCUGGUUUCCAAACAUGAAUGGACUUGUGUCCGCUGAAUCCAAUCGCGACUGAAAAAAAACCAGAGUGGUUCUCUAUUUGUUGUCGCCA